AUGAGCUAUAUUGCACCAAAUCUUUCAACAAUUAUUGGAAGUGCAGUUGCAGCUAAACUUAUGGGCAUUGCUGGUUGUUUGUCUUCAUUAGGAAAAAUGCCUGCUUGUAAUGUUCAGCUUCUUGGGGCAAAGAAAAAGGCACUUGCUGGAUUUUCCACUGCAACCUCUCAAUUCCGUGUAGGUUAUCUUGAGCAAGCUGAGAUUUUCCAAAGCACCCCUCCUCUUAGAACUCAUGCUUGCCGGCUAUUGGCAUCAAAAUCAACUCUAGCUGCAAGGGUAGAUUCUACUAGAGGGGAUCCAACAGGAAAGGCUGGAAGAAACUUGCAAGAUGAAAUCCUUAAAAAGAUUGAAAAAUGGAAAGAACCACCCCCCGCUAAGCAACCAAAACCUCUUCCAGUUCCAGAUUCUGAGCCCAAAAAGAAGAGAGGUGGCCGUCGGUUGAGAAAAAUGAAAGAAAGAUAUGCAAUGACAGAUAUGAUGAAGCUGGCAAAUAGGAUGCAAUUUGGAGUGCCAGAAGAGAGCUCUUUAGGUGACAGGUUCUUCGUAACAUUGCUCUUGCAGAAUACUUUCACUGGAAUAUGCUACAUGAUUCAAUAA